UGUGCUCCUUACAUCUCUCUCCAUCUGUUACAUCUGUAGAUGGGUGCAGGCAUGGUUGAUCCUCCGGGCGGCCGCUUGCUUGACGAGGCGGGCAAGAUCCGACGCAUCGCCGGCGACAUCGCACUGUCGGUCUUCGGAGGCAUUUUCACCGGGUGCAUCAUCAUCAUGGUGUUACAGGCGUUCAUCAACAGCCGCGCCGCCCCGCACUUCUUCCUCCGCAUCGUCGGAGUUGAGGGGCUCGACCCCAGCGCCGCCUCCUCGCCCACCGCCGACGCUGAUCAUGUAGCGCCACCGGCUUUUCGCCUCGCCAUCGACGUGGCCGGGGUACGGGAGGGCUACGCGGCCUGCGUCGGGGGCAACUGUCCGUCCAUGCUGCGUGUCUCGUUCCAUGGCAUGGUCCUUGCGUGGGGCGCCGUGCCGCCGUUCUGCAUCGACGGAAAGCAGCUGCGGCAGCAAGGGCGGGACGGCGCUGCCGACGGCGUGGCCGCCGUGUACGCCAGGGCGGAAAGCGCCGUGCUGCGGGAGGAGCUGCACGGCAUGAUACGUAGCGAGCAACACAUCAUGGGGAAAGUGAACUUCGACGUGGAUGGUUACGUGGCCAGGCUAGGGUAUCUCAGGUGUAAGACCCAUUUCUUCGAGGGAGAGCAGAGCCCUCUGUAUUCGUGCGAAGUUAGAAAAGCAUAUAUCUACUGAUAUAUCUGGUAAUCAUCAUUAGUUAAUCGUACGUUUUGGUAAUGACUAGUUUCGCUGAGCAAUAGAAUAUGAGAACUAAUUU